GAACCCCCCUUCCCGACUCCCAUCCGUUUCCUCGUCCCCAUAGAUUUCAUUUUCUCUAGAAAGCUGUUUCUGAAUCCUAAGACUGCAGACUGCGUUGGGUGGCUGUCCUGGUGCUUCUGCCUCUCCUAAGCCCGGGCCCGCUGCGAAGCUUUCUGAGUGCCGGCUUCCCGCUUCGUGUUUUCCCCUAUAACGCGUUACUUAUUUGUUGACAGGUUUGGUGAUUGUUUCCUUCACCAGAUGUCAGCCCCAUUAGGGCAGGGGCAGCGUUCAUUCACUCUGUCUGGGCAGUGACAGGUGCGGGACAGAAGCAGUGAAUUGUGGCAUGGGGGAGCCCUUGGAGGACACUAUUAUCUCUGCAGUCAGGAUGGUCAGAAAAGGCUGUGCAGAGAGAUGAAGGGAGGUGUGAGCCGAGCCCUGAAGGGUUUAGUGAGGGGCCUGCCAGUGCCCCUGCCCAGGUGAAGAGAGUGCGGUAGGUUGCAUAUUGGGAAACAGCCAGUAUUCUGGGGCCAAGAGGAGAGCCCGUGCUAGGACUGGGCCCCACAUGGAAGGUGGGUGACCUGUCCAGGUGACAGGGUUAGUUGUCAGGCUGUGCUCAAAUCUGUUUUUCUGAGCCAUCUUCUCUUUUCUGCCCACCCUAGUGAUGCCCCUUUGCAGACAAUACGUAAACCUUCUCAGAUUAGAGUGGGUCCCCUGAAGGCAGUGCCCACAGCGUUUGGAGGAUCAGACAACAGGUUUUAGAGAAUGAGAGUGUGUUCCUGGCUGGUUGGUGCUUGGUCGUUUCUCCCUCUGAAUGCUCUGUGGCCUCGUUUUCAUCGUGGGGGCAGACAGGGUGGAUUCUCAUCACGACAGUUGCCGUCAUCCUUUCUUGCAGAAUUACCCUCUCUACAUCCGCAGUGUCCCCACAGAGAACGAGCUGAAGUUCCACUACAUGGUGCACACGUCCCUGGACGUGGUGGACGAGAAGAUCUCGGCCAUGGGGAAGGCCCUGGUGGACCAGAGGGAGCUCUACCUGGGCCUGCUGUACCCCACAGAGGACUACAAGGUCUACGGCUACGUGACCAAUUCCAGGGUGAAGUUCGUCAUGGUGGUGGAUUCCUCCAACACGGCGCUCCGUGACAACGAGAUCCGCAGUAUGUUCCGGAAGCUGCACAACUCCUACACAGACGUGAUGUGCAACCCCUUCUACAAUCCAGGGGACCGCAUUCAGUCCAGGACCUUUGACAGCAUGGUGACCUCUAUGAUGAUACAGGUCUGCUGAGCGAGAACUCUGUUGCCCGUCGUCUGGAGGAGAAGCCUUCUGUACAUAACUGUAGUGUUUAGACGUGUAUUUAUUGUUAUCCGCCUCUUGCCGAGUGUCCCGGAUAUGCUGCUGGGGGCAAGGCCUCGAGCAGCGUGCCAACUAAAGGUCUUGUGAGAUCA